UUUUAUUUUACCAACUCUCUCUCCCAAGUUGAAGUUCCCAACCCUUGCGCCUCCGUGCCUGCACUGUGUUAUGGGUUUUGGUAGCAAACCAUUAAUUUUGUCUUUGAAAACAGCUAAAAUCUUUCCUUCUCUCCAAAGCUUUUCAUUCUUAGUUUAUCCUCUGCCUCUGCAGAAAUUCUGAUAGACUUGGGAGUCUCAAAUUCCUUCUUCUAAUACUGGAUUUCAUAUCAUUCUAAUAGUAGGAUGGCAACUGAGAGCCCUACCAGAAUAGUGGACAGGAUGGGUGAUAGAAACUGGCCCUCUACUAAAGAUGUUGCAACCUUUGGAUCUCCAUUUAAAAACAUUGCGUCUGAGGAGUUGGGAUCAAUCUUAGAGAGGCAUAAUUUUCAUAGAAAUACAUCAGAUUCAAUUCCCAAUCGAAGUGGCAGUGCACCACCAAGUAUGGAGGGUUCUUUUGCAGCUAUCGGCAACCUGUUAACUCAGCAGGACACUAGUCUAGUCACAAGCUUGUCUACUUUAUGUGAUGCUUUAGAAAAUUGUGUGUCAGAAGAACAGCUACGCUCACAUCCAGCUUAUUUUAAAUACUACUGGGCCAAUGUUAACUUGAAUCCAAGGCUUCCUCCUCCUCUUAUAUCACGAGAGAAUCGUAGAUUAGUGCGGCAUAUUGGUGGAUUAGGCAAAAAUCGGAGAUUGAGCUCUGCAGAUGAUACUGCCGAUGAAUUUUUACAUGUUUCCCAAGGCUCCCUUUCUACUCAUCAGGAGGAGACUUCAGAAGAUAGAUCGUCUGAGCAAGUUUCAGAAAACUUUAUAGAGAAGAAUGGCGCUGCUUUGCCUGCAAAGAACAAAUCUUUUACCACAAGUCAACGUAAGAGCUUGGUUGAUUUGAUACAGGAAGACUUUCCUCGGACCCCUUCUCCUGUGUACAAUCAAUCACUUUUAGCAAGCAGUUCAACAACAGAACAAGCAGUUGAGGAUGAUUUGGACGCUAUUGCCUUGGGUGUUUCAUCUAUAAGCAUUUCGAAAGUACUGGAGUCAAAUUCAUGCUCUCCCAGCCUGGAGCCAAGCAAUGUGAUUAUGGAUCCAGUGGGGUUAAUAGCCGAUGAUGCUCCUCUGAAGAAGUCUCAAAAUGCAGAGAAAUCCAACAGAGAAAGUAGCCCACAACAAGAGGGAUCAAGGGUGAAAAAUGCUAGUCUGGAGAACGCUGCAGAAAAAUCUGGGACAAUUGGGCAUGAGAUUCCAAAAUUAGAAUCUAGAGCGAAAGCAUCCAGUCUUGAGAGUAAUAGGAACAAACUAGAUCAUCAAUCUUAUGGGAGAAAUCAUCCACAUAAUUUUUUGUCAAAGCAACAAGGGUUUCCAUGUCCGGCUCCAGAUAUUCAGUCCCAGAUGGUUCCUCAAGGAAUUAGCCAUCUAGAAGUUGGACUUGAAAACUAUUCACAUGGACAGCAUAGUUUUUCAACUGCUGAGGUGCAAACAGUAUUUCAUUCAUCACCGCUCACUCCUCCCUUGUAUGCUACGGCAGCAGCAUUUGUGGCUCCAGGAAAUCCAUUUUAUCAUAAUUAUCAGCCAUCAGGUUUAUUUAGUCCUCAGUUCAAUAUGGGAGGCUAUGCUCUGGCUUCCCCACUUUUUCCUCCGUUCAUGUCUGGGUAUCCUACACACGGUGCAGUUCCAUUGCCAGAGCCUUCUGUUUCAAACUUCAGUGGUCGAACUGCUGGUGUUUCAAUAGGGGAAAGUAUUCCACCUGUGGGUGACUUACAACACAUGAGCAAGCUUUAUGCCCAACCUGGAUUUGUUUACCCACCUUUUGUGGAUCCUAUUCAUGUACAAUAUGGUCAACGUCCAAUAGAAGAUACUUAUGGUGGUUCAGCUCAUCAUGGUCAAUUGGGCUCUAGAAGUUUUAGUCAUAUGCAGAUUAAUUCUUUUGGUUCGCAACAAGAUUCAAACGUUGAUGCUUAUUUGAAUGAUAAUAAAAUUCAGUCACCAACAAAUGGGAAUUUUAGCCUCUUGAGUCCCAGAAAAGGGAUUACUGGUGGUAAUUAUGGAAAUCCUUCUAACAUGAGCGGCAUCAUUCAAUUUUCAGCCCCAUCUCUUGCAAGCCCUGAUUCACCCUCAUCUCCGGUAGGUGGGGUGAAUCAUCUAGGCCGACGGAAUGAAAUGUGGUUUCCUUCAGGUUUAGUUCGGAAUGCAGGGGAAUAUUCUGGAUGGCAGGGGCAGAGGGGCUCCAACAUCUUUGAUGACUCCAAGAGGCACUCUUUUCUUGAAGAACUGAAGUCAAGCAAUGCACGAAAGUUUGAACUUUCUGAUAUUGCCGGGCGUAUUGUUGAAUUCAGUGUUGAUCAACAUGGGAGUCGCUUUAUUCAACAGAAGCUCGAGCACUGCAGUCCUGAAGAGAAAGCAUCUGUGUUUAAGGAAGUUCUUCCACAUGCCUCUAAAUUAAUUACUGAUGUUUUUGGAAAUUAUGUUAUCCAAAAGUUCUUUGAACAUGGAACUCAUGAGCAGAGGAAGGAACUUGCCGAUCAACUUGCUGGACAGAUAUUGCCUCUAAGCUUGCAGAUGUAUGGUUGUCGUGUGAUUCAGAAGGCACUCGAAGUUAUUGAACUGGAUCAGAAGACACAUCUCGUACGAGAACUUGAUGGUCAUGUUAUGAGAUGCGUGCGUGAUCAAAAUGGGAAUCACGUUAUACAGAAGUGUAUAGAAUGUGUUCCUUCAGAAGAAAUUGGUUUUAUCAUUUCUUCUUUUGAAGGUCAAGUUGCCACACUUUCCACUCAUCCGUAUGGCUGCCGUGUUAUCCAGAGAAUUUUGGAGCAUUGUUCAGAUGAGGCCCAGAGUCGGUGUAUAGUGGACGAAAUAUUGGACUCUGUUUAUGGUCUUGCUCAAGACCAAUAUGGGAACUAUGUCAUUCAGCAUGUUCUUGAGAGGGGGAUGUGCCAUGAAAGAAGCCAAAUUAUCAGUAAGUUGACUGGAAAGUUUGUGCGGAUGAGCCAGCAUAAAUAUGCAUCAAAUGUCGUUGAAAAGUGCUUGGAGCAUGGUGAUACGAUUGAAAGAGAGCUGAUAGUUGAGGAAAUUAUGGGGCAUUCUGAAGAAAAUGAUACAUUGUUGGCAAUGAUGAAAGACCAGUUCGCAAAUUAUGUUGUUCAGAAGAUCAUUGAAAUAUGCACCAAUGAACAACGAGAGAGGCUGUUGAGUCGUAUCAGAGGUCAUCUUCAAGCUUUGAAGAAGUAUACUUACGGGAAACACAUAGUUGCUCGAUUAGAACAGUUGUCGGGUGAAGAAAGCCAAGCGUCAGCAGCUUGAGGAGUUUGGAAGUUGCGAGUGAAUGCAAAUGAAACAAAACAAAGAGAUAGAGGCGAGUUCCAUUCUUUGGUUGAAGUAGUAGUCCUGUUGUUAACUCAACUGCUUGAUUCUUAGUUAAUGGUAUAUGAGUUGUAUGUAUGUAUAUUAAUGUGUAUAUAAAUGGUUAAUGAUGUUAACUGUGAAGAUCAGUAGGAAUGGAAUGAAUGGCUGUCCAGGCUAGAGUUGCUUGCUUAUCUGGUGCGUGUAGAGUUUCAUUUGAUCAACUCUCACCACCUCACCUAAACAACCGGUAGAUAGGACAGCCAUAAUUCUACUGCCAAUCGCUGCUGCUCGGCUAUGCCCAAAUCCUAAUGCAUGCAAGAGUAGGACUUUUCCAGCGGACUUAUUUU